GGCGCCUCUCGUUAUUCUCGUAGGUGGGAAAAGGAGAAAGAGGAGGAGAAGGAGCGCAGCGAGGCACUUGGGCGCAGGGUCGGGCGGAGAGGCGCCUCCUUCCUUCCUUCCUUCCUUCCUUCCUUCCUUCCUUCCCUCCACGAUGCGGGCUCCGCUGCGCUGCCUGGCCGCGGUGGGGCUGCUCCUGCUCCUGUCCUGCGGGCCAGGCACUAACUCCCAUCGUAAUCUGGAGAGUAAGCUCUUUGGUGGUCUCCCAUCACCAUCAAAUACAGAGCAUUCAAACUCUUUAGGAAAGGGAGUUUCCAGAGGAAAUAAACUGAAACUGAUGCUUCAAAGACCAGAAGCCCCUGCUGCAGUUAAGGCACAGGUUUCUGUCAAAGAAGAUAAGGCCAAGGAGUUUUUAAGAAGCCUAAAACGCCAGAAGCGCCAGCUGUGGGACAGAAGUCAGGCUGACGUUCAGCAGUGGUACCAACAGUUCCUCUACUUGGGCUUUGAUGAAGCUAAAUUUGAAGACGACGUCUCAUAUUGGUCUAACCUAGGUCGCAGUGGCCAUGAAUAUUAUGGUGGAUAUUACCACCAUCACUAUGAUGAAGAUGCACCUAUCGGUCCUCGAAAUCCCCACAGCUUCAGGCAUGGAGCAAGUGUCAACUAUGACGAUUAUUAAUCUUUUCUACUUUGUAUGAGGUGAAGAGGAAGAUAACACCUAGACACCUUUACUCUGCUCUUUGUUAUGUUAUGAAAAGUUUUUAUAUCCAAUGAGUAGCAUGGAAUGUACAAGUGUUAGAAUAAAAGCUUUCUGAUCAA